AUGGAAAAUAGUGGCAAUGUUUCACGUGAUGAUGAAUUACAUAUUGCUGACGUUAAACUAUACGUGGAAUCAACGUAUGCAAAUGGUCAAAAUUUAACUGAGCAAACUUAUCCGGCAUUAUUAAUCCGGUCACAGAAAGCAAUUCCGAAAUUAGUGAAAUAUCUUUAUAGUCAUUUGGAUGAGGGCAUUCCUGAUAUGAUCAUUUCGUUAAUUUCCGAUGAAAAUAUUAUUGGUUUACAGAAACAAAAACAAAUUGAAAAAGGUUUAUCAAAAAUUAUUUUCAAUUGUAAUUCAUGGCUGAUAACAUCAGGUAAAGCAAAUGAUCCAUUAGCAUGUGUUGCUAGAAAUAUUAUCUAUGCUAAGGAAUCAUCGAAUUUAACAAAUGUUGAAACAUUGCUAUUAGUUAUCAAUGAUAAUAGCUGUGUGAUUAAUGAUCAACAAUUGUAUCAUAUACCAAUGAUUGAUAUUCAAUGUAAAACAAUUUUAAUUUUAUGCAUGGAGCAAAUUAAUAAAUUAGCAUUGUUUAGAAGUAUCAUUGCAAUGAAACUCUCAAUACAACCACCUGCAUUACUAAUUGAUGCACCACAAAGUGAUAGUAAUCUUUGCUUAUCACCACAGAUAGCAUUGUUAUCACCUAAUAAAUAUGAAAAAUUACCUAUUGCUGUAGCAUUAUUUUGUGGCAAUGAAUUAGCAUCAAUUGCUGAACUUCGAGCACAUUUACAAUGUGGCAUAUCAGUGAUUGUUUUACAGGAUGGUAGUGAAUUAUGUGCUCUAUUAUAUCAUUGCUGGUUACUAUAUCGUAGUUCAAUAUUUCAUUUUGAAAAUUGGUUAGAAUGGUUAAAUUUGGAAUUAUAUAGUUUAGCACCGAAUAGUCUUUUAUCUAACGAUGAAUUAAUUAAUGAAACUAAAGAAAAUAUUAUUGCAUCAUUAGCUAUUGCUUGUGGUAAUGUACCAUUAUUAUCGUUUAUACUUAUUGAACAGAUUGAUAAUUUACGUGAUCAUUUUUUAAAAUUAUCUAUGCAAAGUGCUAUUGAUACAAAUGACAUUCAUCGUUUAUUACGCCUUGCAGUAAAACUUAAUGUUUCAUCGAUUAUUUUAUCCACUGAUCUAAACACACUUUAUGCUAAUAUGGAUAUCAGUGAUCUUUUUGAAGAGGCAUUAUUAUCAGAUAAUCGAUUGAUCGUUUUAACAGCUAUUUUAGAGCAGAAUAUUUCAUUGAAAGUUUCAUUACAUUUAUUAACAAAAUUAAUACAACAUAUUUCAGAUCAAGCAUUUUUUAAUAAUAUUAUUAUUGCUCAUUGUUUGGGACGAAAUUUACCAGUGGUAGAAAUUGAUGCAAUUUUAAUUGAUCAAUUAGAACAACUUUUGAUUUAUUUAUCUGGUGGUAUGAAAAAUUUGCUAUGUGCAACAUAUUUUAAUCAACAACAUAUGCUUAAUCAAGAUCAAUGCUUUCAAAUAUUAGCAAUAUGGUCAAUUUUAUUAAAUCGUCUUGAAUUAGCAAAAUGUUUAUGUGCAUACUCAUUUGAGCCAAUUUCAUUAGCAAUAAUUCUUGCACGAAUAUGCAAUUCAUUAGCUUUUGAGGUGCAUGAUUACCUUUUGUAUGAAAAUGAUUUAAGAAAUGCAGCACGAUGGUUUAAUGAGCAUGCAAAUGCAAUAUUAGAUGCAGCAAAUGCUGAAUCACCACGAGAAACUUAUCGUUUAUUAUGUUUACCGUUGGAGUCAUUUGAUGGUUUAACACUACCGGAACUUGCACUUCAGACUAAUAACAAACAUUUUGUGGCACAUCGAUGUUGUCAAAAAUGGAUUUAUCGGCUUUUGUACGGAAAAUUACAGGUUGCUUGUUCGAAAGGUUCCAUACUUUUACCACAUUGGUUGAAAAUUUUGCUUGCAUCAGUGCUGAUAAUUCCAAUUCAAUGGUGGAUACGAUAUCGUACGCCAGAAAAUCAUUUUCAUAAUCGAUAUUCAACUAUUAGCCCUAAAACAUCAUUCCUACAAUUUGAUCAGCAAAAAAACACCAAAAGUUAUAUUUCCAAUAAAAAAAAUAUGCAGCAUGAUGAGCUUAUCCUAUCAACUAUUCGUGAUGAACGAUCAACAGCAGUUGAAGCAUCAACAACUUCAUGUCUUCUAAUGGAAGGCCAACAAUCGAUUGAUGGUUUAAUGAUGCGACAAGAAUUGAAUUCAACAAUUUCAGUAUCAAUGAAAAAUAAUGAAAGAAAACAAAUGAAACAACAAAUUUCUUAUUUAUCAAUUGGAACAUUCUAUUCGACACCAAUUGUUAAAUAUUGGCUUUCACUUACUUUUCGACUCAUUCAUAUUAUUUUAUUUUCAUAUACAAUAUCAUUACCUGGUUGUGGUUCACUCAUUUUGGAUACUUUGGUAUGGCUUUGGACAUUUUUAUCACUUGUUGAAUCAAUUUGGGUAUUUUCAAAUCGUAUUCAACGAGCUCCUUUACGUCAACUUCGUUGGCGUUUUUUUGAUAUUAUUAUGAUAGCAUUGCUUCUUCUAAUUAUACUCAUUCUAAAAGUACUUUCAUUAAUGAUAUCAAUCAAUUCUAUGCCAUUUCAUAUACCAUAUGCUAAUCGAAUUGCAUCAGCAUUUUUAUUACUUUAUUUAUGCUAUUCAACAUUAUUUUACUUUGUUCCAUUAUCACAAACAUUUGGCGCAUUUGUCGUACGAAUUAAACUUAUGAUUAUCAGAGAUUUUUUCAAUUUUUUAAUACUCAUUGCUUUAAUUAUUGGAAGUAGUGCAAUAGCAGUUCGUUCAUUACUGUAUCCGGAUCAGGCUUUAACAUUUUUAUUCAUUUCAAAAGCAUUUUCAUGGGCUUGGCUAUCAUUAUUUCAAAUUCAAUACGAUCAGCUUCAAGAAUCAGAAUAUUGUAAGAAGACAUAUGUUGAUGAUUAUCAUAAUCGUGAUUAUUGCACUGCAAUUGGUGGUUUUAGUGAUUACAAUUGUCCAAGUCAAAAUUGGAUUGGUCAUUUAGCAGUUUUAGAAUAUUUUAUUAUUCUAAAGCUAAUCUGUUGGCCAAUUCUUUUUGCGCUAUUCUCUAAAACAGCCAAAGAAGUUGAUAAUGAAGCUGAUAAAAUUUGGAAAUAUCAACUUUAUUCAUUGGUUGAAGAUUUAAGGUUUCGUCCUUCAUUACCACCACCACUUACACCAAUGUUCUUUGUUGGUGUCACAUGUUGUCGUACAUCUGGUUGCUUCCUUAAUUCCUAUCAAACUUCAAAUCUGAUCAAUUUGGAUCAUCCAGAUAUUGUUCAUAAUCAACAAAUUUCAAAAUUACAUACCACUGUAAAUCAAUUUGCUAAUAAUACAAAUAGAAAUAAAUUUACAAUCGGAUGUACACAUUUGGAUUCCGAAUUUAGGAUGAAAUCUAUAAAUUUAUGGAAUGAAACUAUGAUCAAAUCAUCAACUAAUUCAGAUAUUAAUUUAAAAUAUGCCAAUGGUAAACAUCAGUUACAGGAACAAAUUCCAUUGCUAACUCUAUCACAGUAUUUUUCAAUCAUUUCUAAAAAUACAAAUGAUAGAUGGAAUAAUUCAUUUGAAACUAUACCAUAUGAUCAAAUAACAAAUAUUCGAAAAUUGUUAAUUACAGAAAAAUAUCGAUCAUUUCAAAUUCUAAUAUUCAAUUAUUGUCCACCAUUUUAUUGCAAAUCUGUUGAUGAAUUUUCAAAUGAUCUGCAAAAAUAUGUGGAUAUUUCAACAACAGAUAAUUUAGUUUUACUACGAAAAUACUGGAAACGAUGGCAACAAAAUAAAAUGUUGGAAUUAUUCCAGUUUUCAUUACCGUUUACGGUUGAUGCAUCCGGUUUACCACUGAAUCCAAAUGGUCGGCAAGGUAUUGCCGGACGUGGAAAUUAUUUAAAAUUUGGCCCUAAUUUACUAAAUGUUUACAUUUUAAUACGAAAAAUCAGUAAUAAUCAUUUAAUGAUUUUACUAGAAGGAAAUACAUUUCCAACUCGUUGGCGAUUAAGCAAUGGUCAUUAUGAUGAAGAACUUCAAUUAAUUCUUCGAAAUAAUCUAUUAAGCAAUGCAGAUAUUCAAGUUUUAUCCAGUCAAAAUUUAUUAAAUGUUGGUGAAACAAACAAUGGUGUAGCACAUGUAAAACGUGUACCAGUAACGGACGUACGUGAUACAGAUAACGCAUGGUUGGUACAUGAUGUUUGGGCUAUUUUUCUCGGAUCACAAAUAUCUGAAACAUUGGUAACAAAUGGAAUAUUAAAUUGGUGCAAUUACAGCGAGAAUGUUUUAUCAAUUCGUGAUCGAGAAUAUUUCAAUGCUUCCUUAAAUUUCUUCAUGGAUGUUAUUUGA